UUCGAUCCGGCGGCAACCAAAAACCUUAAACCUAAUAAACCAAAUUUCCCCUCCAAAGUCUGCAUUUUAUCACUACAGCCAAAAAAAGGAAAAGAGAAAAUGGAGGUGGAAAGAGAGCAAGCAGAGACGGGGAAAAGCGUGAUGUGCUUGUUAACAGACCCGGAAGGAACCACUCUGGGAGGCACCAUAUACCUUCCCCAGAACGUCGGUCCUCUUCAGCUUCAACAAAUUGUCAAUACGCUUCUAAAAAAUGAGGAGAAACUACCGUAUGCAUUUUAUAUAUCUAAUCAAGAGCUUCUUGUGCCACUUGGAAAUUAUUUGGAGAAAAAUAAAGCUUCCAUGGAGAAAACACUAUCCAUAGUUUAUCAACCUCAGGCAGUUUUCAGGAUUCGUCCAAUUAAUCGGUGUUCAGCUACAAUUGCUGGUCAUAUUGAAGCAGUACUUUCUGUUGCCUUUAGUCCUGAUGGAAGACAGUUGGCAAGUGGCUCAGGGGAUACGACUGUCCGACUAUGGGACCUAAAUACUCAGACACCAAUGUUUACAUGCACAGGACACAAAAAUUGGGUUCUUUGUAUCGCAUGGUCACCUGAUGGGAAACAUCUUGUCAGUGGAAGCAAGUCUGGAGAAUUACUAUGUUGGGACCCACAAACAGGAAAGCCUACCGGCAAUCCACUGACUGGCCACAAGAAAUGGAUCACAGGUAUCUCAUGGGAACCUGUCCAUCUGAAUGCUCCAUGCCGUCGCUUUGUAAGUGCUAGCAAAGAUGGUGAUGCCCGCAUAUGGGAUAUUUCCUUAAAGAAAUGUGUUAUUUGUCUCAGUGGCCACACACUUGCGGUAACUUGUGUGAAAUGGGGUGGAGAUGGAGUCAUAUAUACAGGAUCCCAGGAUUGUACUAUCAAAGUAUGGGAAACUUCACAAGGGAAGCUGAUUCGUGAAUUGAAGGGUCAUGGGCAUUGGGUUAACUCACUUGCACUGAGCACAGAAUAUGUUCUUCGCACUGGAGCUUUUGAUCAUACUGGUAAACAAUAUUCGUCUCCAGAAGAAAUGAAGAAGGUUGCUCUAGAAAGGUACAAAAAAAUGAAAGGCAAUGCCCCUGAGAGAUUGGUAUCAGGAUCUGAUGAUUUUACCAUGUUCCUAUGGGAACCUGCUGUAAGUAAACACCACAAAGUUCGCAUGACUGGUCAUCAACAGCUUGUAAACCAUGUUUAUUUCUCACCUGAUGGGCUAUGGGUGGCUAGUGCAUCGUUUGAUAAGUCAGUCAAGCUAUGGAAUGGAGCUACCGGAGAAUUUGUUGCUGCAUUCCGAGGUCAUGUUGGGCCUGUAUAUCAAAUAAGUUGGUCUGCAGAUAGUAGGCUUCUUUUAAGCGGAAGCAAAGACUCCACCUUGAAGGUUUGGGAUAUUCGAACAAAAAAAUUGAAACAAGACCUUCCAGGGCAUGCAGACGAGGUUUUUGCCGUUGAUUGGAGUCCAGAUGGUGAGAAAGUUGCCUCUGGGGGUAAGGAUAGGGUGUUGAAGUUGUGGAUGGGCUAGAAGGCUACAAAUCAAUGUGGAGCCACAUGAUUGAAAUAUCAAGUAUCUUAUUAUAAGAUCAGUGGUGUGUGCAACAGCAGUGAACCAAGAACUACAGAAUCAGCUCAGAUUGAUUGGUACAAACUUCAUCGUGUGACAUUACACAUGCGCUGCAUUGAUCAUUGCUUUCAGGAUUGUUUGGUGUAUAUUAUAUAUACUAGCCAUACGAGACAUUGCAACUGCUGUAAUAUCUUGCAAUGUAAUA